UGCCGAUCCCUGCCGGUGCGCUUUCGACAACCCUUGGGGAAUUGGAAACUGCCCCGCUAUCGGCAUCAUAACGUACAUUUUUGAGAUCGAAUACCCCGCGAUCCACGUCCAAUUGCGCCCUGCAUCUUUUUGUUCUUUUGCAACCUACAUUUGCAUUAACUCUCCCUUCUUAUCAUAUAACAACCUAAUACAACACAAUGGCCGCCGCUUCCGCCCGGCAGGUGAACAUCGCCAUCAUUGGCGUUGGUGGGGUCGGAAAGUGCUUCCUUUCCCAGCUCGAGCAGCUCGCCGCUCGCCGCCCCAACCCCAAGCUCGUGCUCACCUACAUCUGCACGAGCAAGAAAGCUCUCUACAGCACCGACCAUGUGGCCAUCCCCAUCAACACCGCCAUCUCCACUCUCUCCUCGUCCGACCAGACCCCGCUCCCGCUCCCCAAGCUGGUCGACUUCCUGGGCACUUCGGGCUCCAAGACUGUGCUGGUCGACAACACCAGCUCGCAAGAGGUCGCCGAGGCGUAUCCGCUCUUCCUCAGCCGCGGCAUCAGCGUCGUGACGCCCAACAAGAAGGCCUUCUCGAGCAGCUACAAGCUGUGGCAGGACAUCUUUAGCGCGGCCGAGCAGUCGGGCGCCAAGGUCUACCACGAGUCGUCGGUCGGAGCCGGCCUGCCCGUCAUCUCGACGCUCAAGGACCUGGUAGACACGGGCGACGAGGUGACCAAGAUCGAGGGCGUCUUCAGCGGCACCAUGUCGUUCCUCUUCAACUCCUUCGCCCAGACCUCGGGCGCCGGCGGGAAGUGGUCCGCCGAGGUGAAGAAGGCCAAGCAGCUUGGCUACACGGAGCCGGACCCGCGUGACGACCUGAACGGGCUGGACGUCGCACGUAAGCUGACCAUUCUCGCGCGGUUGGCGGGCCUGCCGGUCGAGUCUCCCACCUCCUUCCCGGUUCAGAGCCUGAUUCCCAGGGAGCUCGAGUCGGUCGCCACUGGCGAUGAGUUCCUCGAGAAGCUGCCGGCGUUUGACGCGCAGAUGGAGGAGACAAAGGCCGAGGCGGAGAAGGAAGGAAAGGUGGUGCGGUUCGUCGGCAGCAUUGACAUGGCCACGAAGCAGGUCAAGGUCGGGCUGGAGAAGUUUGACCUUUCACAUCCCAUUGCAGCGCUGAAGGGCAGCGAUAACAUUAUUAGCUUCUACACUAAGCGGUAUGGAAGCAACCCCCUCAUCGUCCAAGGCGCUGGUGCCGGCGGUGAUGUAACGGCGAUGGGCGUUACAAGCGACCUCCUGAAGGUGCUGUCCCAGAUUGCUUAGCCAGAUGCACAAUUCGCUGGGCUCGCAACCACAAUAUAUUGAGCUCCGUGAGGUUGAACUCGGGCUUCAAACGCUUUCUUCAUCGAGUGUGUCUGGAGACCCCGUCAUGUUUCGAAACGCAGCAGUCACUGCUCCGGCAUUAUGGUAUGGCGUUGUUCAUUC